AUGGGCGCCUUUGAUGACGCUCCUCUCCAAGGCUGUAGUGCUUUGGCUGGGAGAGGCGUGGCGCACUCUGCCCCUCCGGACCGAAAAACCACCUGUAUUGAUGACCAGACAUCUGGCGUGAUCCAACCCCGCGUGAACGCCAGGCACAAGGGCAGCAACGCGACCGACGGCCGGGGCUAUGCCGAGGAGGAGAAGGGCGUCAUGACGGCGGAAAGCAUGCUGGAGGAGCCCGCCGUGCUCUCGGCGCCUCAUCUGUCGGUGGAUCGAUACGAGCGCGGCCGGCAGGGAUGCUGCGAGAGGGUGGUCAUCAACAUUUCGGGCUUACGCUUUGAGACGCAACUUAAAACUUUCAACCAGUUCCCAGACACGCUGAUGGGGGACCCGAGGAAAAGGAUGCGCUACUUCGACCCGCUGAGGAACGAGUACUUCUUCGACAGGAACAGACCGAGCUUCGAUGCCAUCCUGUACUACUACCAGUCAGGGGGGCGCAUACGGAGACCCGUUAACGUCCCCAUUGAUAUUUUCUCCGAGGAGAUCCGGUUCUAUCAACUCGGAGAAGAGGCCAUGGAGAAAUUCCGCGAUGAUGAAGGGUUUAUAAAAGAAGAGGAGCGCGUGUUGCCCAAAAGAGAAUUCCAAAAGCAGGUUUGGCUUUUGUUUGAGUAUCCUGAAAGCUCUGGACCAGCGCGGGGGAUAGCAAUAGUUUCAGUGCUUGUCAUUUUGAUUUCAAUCGUUAUUUUCUGCAUGGAGACUCUGCCAGAAUUCCGGGACGACAGAGACGCCACAGUGGCACCCACUGUCAACGGCACUGCCCCCUACGUGCCGAACCCGUUCACAGACCCCUUCUUUGUGAUCGAGACCCUGUGCAUCAUAUGGUUCUCUUUCGAGUUACUGGUCAGGUUUUUCUCCUGCCCCAGCAAAACUUACUUCUCCAAAAACAUCAUGAAUAUCAUCGACAUCGUUGCGAUAUUCCCCUACUUCAUCACUCUGGUGACCGAGCUGGCCGAGACGGAGACCAACGGCGGCCAGCAGGCCAUGUCCCUCGCAAUCCUGAGGGUGAUCCGACUGGUGAGGGUCUUUCGCAUUUUUAAGCUGUCGCGUCACUCAAAGGGACUUCAGAUUUUGGGACAGACCCUGAAGGCCAGCAUGAGGGAGCUCGGCUUGCUCAUAUUCUUCCUCUUCAUCGGGGUUAUCCUCUUUUCCAGCGCUGUUUACUUUGCGGAAGCAGACGACCCCUCGUCCAGUUUCACCAGCAUCCCAGAUGCGUUUUGGUGGGCGGUGGUCACCAUGACCACGGUCGGAUAUGGAGACAUGCACCCGGUGACUGUUGGUGGGAAAGUCGUGGGUUCGCUGUGCGCAAUAGCGGGCGUGCUGACCAUUGCCUUACCCGUGCCAGUGAUUGUGUCCAACUUCAACUACUUUUACCACAGGGAGACGGAUGGAGAGGAGCUCCCACAGUACGUGCACACCAGCAGCUGCGAGCACCUCCCCCCUGAGGAGCUGAGGAGGUCGUGCAGCUCCUCAUCCCUGAGCAAGUCGGACAUGGUGAUAGAGGAGGGCAUAAACAGCGCGUUCAAACAGCCCAACUUCUCCACCGAAAACAACCAGAACUGCGUGAAUAUCAAAAAGAUCUUCACGGACGUGUAAAUGAACACCAGAACGGGGCAUUUACGGAGCAUUAAGACUUAUAGCUUAUUAUAUAUUUUAUUUAUAUAUGUAUAUAUAGAGAGAGGACCAUUAUGUGUCAGUCCAUAUCUGUGGAUGAACGUGCGUAAUUUUUUUAUUUUUAACGAGUCAUGUUGUUUUUUAGGCUAUAAGCAAACGAGAUCUUUUUUUGGUUCCAUGUGAUUCAUGUGUUUUUGAGUAUUUCUAAGAGACCAAGAAGUAUUAAUAUGAACCAGAAAGAAUCGCACUGGAAAAGUAGCCUUGUCGUUUCGGCUCAAGCUGUCGAAAACAACAGCAACGACGACAACAAGAGCAUUUAAUGAAGUAAGCGGCUUGUUAAAAGCGAUAUUUCUUCAUUACAGUGCCACUCGAUGCCUACAUAUCUUGAUGUCUGUGCGAAGGUUGUUGGUGUUCAUGAUUGGGAGACACGUGUAGCAUAUUGUCUACUUACUAUAUUGCAUUUACCCACUAGUCAAAGAAAAUUGACGUUUUGUGCUUCGUGGAAAGAAGAGUUUAAUUGUCCAGUAAUGUAAUGAAUAGACCAUGGUACUUUAUACAGCCAAAUGUCUGUCUUAGAUUAUAUUUAAUAUCAUAACUUGUCGAGAUAUUGGACUCUGAGUCUUGUUCACAUGCUUAUUCAGGUAAUAACACCGAGUGGUGUAGAUGGAAACACUUAUGAGAUAUGAGUCUAGCUUUUCAUAAAAUUGUAUUUUUAUUCAGAGCUGCCUAUAUAGCCUAUACUAAAUAAAACGGAAAUGAACUGACCCAGACUCAAAAUGUCAUUAUAACAUUUCGCUAAAUAUUUAAUAUCAUUGCAAUUUUCGUCCAAAGCGAGCCGAAGGGAAUAUGAAAUAUAUAAAGUGUGUUUGGGGCCAUGUGCGCACUGGAUGAAAGGAGGGAGAGCGUGCAGAACGUCCCGCCUCGUGAUGCAGUCUCCAUGACGACGGUGGUUUCCCGGGUAACCCCCUCUGAUGAUACCAUGGCCUUGUGUUGCAUUU